AGAUUGCAGUUAUAGAAGAUAGAGACCCAGGAGAUUUUGCCUUUCGCCAUGGCUCAGUUUGGAGGACAGAAGAAUCCCCCUUGGGCUACUCAGUUUACAGCCACUGCAGUAUCUCAGCCAGCUGCUCUCGGUGUACAGCAGCCAUCGCUGCUUGGAGCCUCUCCUACAAUAUACACCCAGCAGACGGCAUUGGCAGCAGCAGGCCUAACUACACAAACACCAACGAACUAUCAGCUAACUCAGACAGCUGCUUUACAGCAGCAAGCUGCAGCUGCAGCAGCUGCGUUACAGCAGCAAUAUUCACAACCUCAGCAGACUCUCUAUAGUGUACAGCAACAGUUGCAGCAACCUCAGCAGACCCUUUUAACUCAGCCAGCUGUUGCGCUACCUACCAGUCUUAGCCUGUCUACUCCUCAACCAGCAGCCCAGAUAACUGUUUCUUAUCCAGCACCCCGGUCAAGUCAACAGCAAACCCAACCACAAAAGCAGCGUGUCUUCACUGGGGUAGUUACUAAACUACAUGAUACAUUUGGUUUUGUGGAUGAAGAUGUCUUUUUUCAACUCAGUGCUGUUAAAGGAAAGACCCCUCAGGUGGGUGACAGAGUUUUGGUAGAAGCUACUUACAAUCCUAAUAUGCCAUUCAAAUGGAAUGCACAAAGGAUCCAGACACUUCCAAAUCAGAACCAGACUCAAGCUCAGCCGUUACUGAAGACGCCUCCGGCAGUUCUUCAGCCCAUUGCACAGCAGACUGCAUUCAGUGUUCAGGCACAGCCGCAGCCACAGUCCUUGUUGCAGGCACAGAUAUCGGCAGCUUCAAUCACACCUUUGCUUCAGACACAGCCUCAGCCAUUACUGCAGCAGCCACAGCAGAAAGGUGGUUUGUUACAGCCCCCUGUUCGUCUAGUUUCACAGCCUCAGCCAGCUCGAAGAUUAGACCCACCAUCCAGAUUUUCUGGGAGGAAUGACAGAGGAGGAGACCCUAUGCCAAACCGAAAAGAUGACAGGAGUCGUGAAAGAGAACGAGAGAGACGUAGAUCCCGGGAAAGAUCACCCCAGCGAAAACGCUCCAGAGAGAGAUCACCUAGGCGAGAGAGGGAGAGGUCGCCUCGAAGACCACGACGUGUUGUUCCUCGUUACACGGUUCAGUUUUCCAAGUUUUCAUUGGACUGCCGUAGCUGUGAUAUGAUGGAGCUGAGGAGGCGUUACCAGAACUUGUAUAUCCCAAGCGAUUUCUUUGAUGCUCAGUUUACAUGGGUGGAUGCUUUUCCUAUGUCUAGACCAUUUCAGCUGGGAAACUACUGUAAUUUCUACGUAAUGCAUAGAGAAGUAGAUCCUAUAGAUAAAAACGCUGCUGUCCUUGAUCCACCUGAUGCUGAUCAUCUGUACAGUGCAAAGGUGAUGUUGAUGGCUAGUCCUAGUAUGGAAGAUCUCUAUCACAAGUCAUGCGCUCUGGCUGAAGAUCCCCAAGAACUUCGUGAUGGAUUUCAGCAUCCUGCUAGACUUGUAAAGUUUUUAGUGGGUAUGAAAGGCAAAGAUGAAGCUAUGGCUAUUGGAGGACACUGGUCCCCAUCACUGGAUGGACCUGAUCCAGAAAAGGACCCUUCCGUGCUGAUAAAGACGGCUAUUCGUUGUUGCAAGGCUCUUACAGGAAUUGACUUAAGUGUGUGCACACAAUGGUACCGUUUUGCAGAGAUUCGCUACCAUCGCCCUGAGGAGACCCACAAGGGGCGUACAGUUCCAGCUCAUGUGGAGACAGUGGUUUUAUUUUUCCCGGAUGUUUGGCAUUGCCUUCCCACCCGCUCAGAGUGGGAAACCCUCUCCCGAGGAUACAAGCAGCAGCUGGUCGAGAAGCUUCAGGGUGAACGCAAGGAGGCUGAUGGAGAACAGGACGAAGAGGAAAAGGAUGAUGGGGAAGCUAAAGAGAUCUCUACACCUACGCACUGGUCUAAACUGGAUCCAAAAACAAUGAAGGUAAAUGACCUUCGCAAAGAAUUAGAAAGUCGAACUCUUAGCUCUAAAGGACUGAAAUCUCAGUUGAUAGCUCGACUGACAAAGCAGCUGAAAGUAGAGGAACAAAAAGAAGAGCAAAAGGAGCUAGAGAAGUCUGAGAAAGAAGAGGAAGAGGAGGAGGAUAGGAAAUCUGAAGAUGACAAAGAG